AUGGCUACGUCUAUACUUGGGGAAGAACCACGGUUUGGAACUACACCUCUAGCGAUGCUGGCUGCAACUUGUAACAAAAUUGGCAACACCAGUCCUCUUACAACUUUACCUGACUCCAGCGCUUUCUCGAAAGGUGGAUUUCACCCGUGGAAAAGAUCCUCCUCCAGCUGCAACUUAGGAUCCAGUCUGCCCGGUUUCACGGUAGCGACGAGCCGCGCUUCGACAGGACUAACACAGACCAGUGGCACGAGCAACAGCGCCUUUUGCUUAGCCUCCACCUCCCCGACCUCGUCUGCGUUUUCCACAGAGUACAGCGGUCUGUUUUCCAACUCCGCCAGCGUCACGACCCAGGAAUCUGGACAGUCAGCUUUUAUCUCCAAAGUCCACACAUCAGCAGAGACUCUGUACCCGCGCGUGGGGAUGGCGCACCCCUACGAGUCGUGGUACAAGUCGGGGUUCCACUCAACCAUCUCCGGUGACGUUACCAAUGGUGCGUCCUCGUGGUGGGACGUUCACACAAAUCCCGGGUCGUGGCUCGAUGUCCAGAACCCCGCGAGCACCCUUCAGACCUCUCUGCACUCCGGCACCCCGCAGGCUAUCCACUCCCAGCUCAGUGGCUACAACCCGGACUUCUCCUCGCUGACCCACUCGGCGUUUAGCUCCACUGGAAUCAGCCCCUCUGCGUCUCACCUACUGUCCACCAGCCAGCACCUGUUAACGCAGGACGGUUUCAAAACAGUCAUCCCCUCUUACACAGACGCUUCUGCCGCCAACGCCAUGAUUUCAGGGGGUAGUUCAGGAAUAAGUAGCUCCUCGAGGUCGUCCAGGAGGUACUCUGGCAGAGCAACAUGCGACUGCCCGAACUGCCAGGAGGCUGAGCGGCUGGGACCCGCCGGGGCCAGCCUGCGGAGAAAGGGACUCCACAGUUGCCACAUUCCCGGCUGCGGUAAAGUGUACGGAAAGACGUCUCACCUCAAAGCGCAUUUGAGAUGGCACACCGGCGAGCGGCCUUUUGUCUGCAACUGGCUUUUCUGUGGCAAAAGGUUCACUCGGUCUGACGAGCUCCAGAGACAUCUGCGCACCCACACCGGCGAGAAAAGGUUUGCUUGCCCGGUUUGUAACAAGCGCUUUAUGCGGAGUGACCAUUUGAGCAAGCACAUCAAAACUCACACGGCAGGUGGAGGAGGCAAAAAGGGGAGCGACAGUGACACCGACACCAGUAACCUGGAGACCCCGAGGUCCGAGUCCCCAGAACUUAUUUUGGAAGGGGUGAACCCCAGAAUUACUGUUAAGGAUCCGUCUCCUCACGACGAACCCUGA